CAGGAGGCGGACCUCAUGUUUUCGCUGCGCCAUCCCAACUGCGUGCAACUGAUGGGCACGUGCCUGGCGCCGCCCUGCCUGGUCACCGAGUACUGCCAGCGGGGCAGCCUGGCCGACUGCCUGCGGGAGGCGAGGAGGCACCGCGACGCCGCCGACUGCCUGACCUGGCACCGCCGCCUGCUCAUGGCGCUGGAUGCGGCCAAGGGCAUGCUGUACCUUCACUCCUACCAGCCCCCCAUCGUGCACCGCGACCUCAAGUCGCCCAACCUGCUGGUGGACAAGGACUGGAACGUCAAGGUGUGUGUGGCCGACUUCAACCUGAGCAAGAUCCUGGGCGAGGACCACAGCACCAGCCAGGAGGUGACCAACCCGCGCUGGCUGGCGCCAGAGGUGCUGCAGGGCGAGCUGGCCACGCCGCCGUCGGACGUGUUUGGGUUUGGGGUGGUGCUCUGGGAG